UUUGGACACAGAUCAGUAACAUGCAUGUAAACCCCGACCGACCUCCCGACGCAGCGGUGCUACUAUUCAAGUGAAUAACCUUAAAAAACAACGAGCUUCCGUCUCGGGUGUUUUAUCGGCUUCCUAUUCGGGUUUUCGAUCCACUUCCGACGCGAAAUGAAGCACCUAUUAAUGGAAUAACAACCUGGCAGUCAAUUAAUCGCCCCUAUCUUUUCUUGCAACAUUGUUGCAGCGUCGCGGCUAUUGACACGCGCUGUGGCUGUGGUGGUUUAGGCUGCUGGAGGGACCGGAGGCCUGUGGUCGUUUUGAUCCUGGACUGAUGUUUUGGGCCACCUGAGUUUUAAUGUUCGCGACGGAAAGCGGGGGAAAUCUCUGCCUUGUAUUUAAAGCGGAACAUGUCUUUUUCAUGGCUGACUUGUUCACUUCUUCUGGGAACUUUAUGCGCAGGGUACAGUCUUGGCGAAGCGGAGACCCGGGAGUGUGUGUACUACAACGAUAACUGGCGUUCGGAGAGGACCAACCAGAGCGGCUUCGAGCGUUGCGAGGGGGAAAAGGACAAGCGACUGCACUGUUAUGCCUCCUGGCUCAACUCCUCAGGGACCAUCAAACUGGUGAAGAAAGGCUGCUGGCUGGAUGACUUCAACUGCUAUGACAGGCAAGAGUGCGUCUCCAUGGAGGAAAACCCUCAGGUCUUCUUCUGCUGCUGCGAGGGCAACUACUGCAAUGAGCGAUUCACCCACCUUCCCGACUUGAUUGGUAGUGGCAACCGAGUGAAAAUCCAGCCUCCACCCCGAGUACCGUCCCUGCUCAGUGUGCUGGUGUACUCCCUGCUGCCUCUCUGUGUGCUGUCCCUGGCCCUUGUUCUGGCCUUGUGGAUGUACCGCCACCGCAAACCUCCCUACGGCCAUGUAGACCUGAGCGAGGAUCCAGGGCCGGCUCCUCCAUCUCCCUUGGUGGGUCUGAAACCAUUGCAGCUUCUAGAAAUCAAAGCUAGGGGGCGCUUUGGUUGUGUUUGGAAGGCCCAGUUAAUGAGUGAAUAUGUUGCUGUUAAGAUCUUCCCAGUUCAGGAUAAGCAGUCAUGGCAAAAUGAGCGCGACAUAUUCUUGACUCCGGGGAUGAGACAUGAAAAUAUCUUGCGUUACAUCGCUGCAGAGAAGCACGGAACCAACAUGGAGACGGAGCUGUGGCUUAUCACAGAGUUUCAUGAAAGGGGAUCCUUGACAGACCACCUGAAGGGCAACACUGUGACCUGGACAGAGCUGUGUCACAUAGCAGAGACCAUGUCCCGCGGUUUGGCUUACCUUCAUGAGGACAUUCCCAGUUACAAGGGAGAGGGGCCUAAACCUACAAUUGCACACAGGGACUUCAAGAGCAAGAAUGUGUUACUACGAGAUGACUUAACUGCAGUCAUUGGUGACUUUGGGCUUGCUGUAAGAUUCGAGCCAGGAAAACCUCCUGGGGAUACUCAUGGACAGGUGGGUACGAGGCGUUACAUGGCCCCAGAGGUGCUGGAGGGAGCCAUCAACUUUCAGCGAGACUCCUUCCUGAGGAUAGACAUGUAUGCUAUGGGCUUGGUGCUGUGGGAGCUGGUGUCUCGUUGCUCCGACACAGAUGGAACAGUUGGUGAGUACAUGCUGCCAUUUGAGGAUGAAAUAGGCCAGCAUCCCUCCCUGGAGGAUCUGCAGGAUGUGGUGGUGCACAAGAAGAUGCGUCCAGUCAUCAAGGACUCCUGGCUCAAGCAUCCUGGUCUGAGCCACAUGUGUGAGACCAUCGAGGAAUGCUGGGACCACGACGCAGAGGCUCGACUGUCUGCAGGCUGCGUCGAGGAGCGCAUCGGUCAGAUCUCCAGGACGAUAGGCAGCACUACCUCAGACAGCCCCAUCUCUUUAGUCACGUCUCUCAUCAACGAGGACCUACCUCCCAAAGAGUCCAGCACCUGAACGGGUGACACCAUCCUUCACCUGAGCUCCUGACUUUUUAUUUUUCAAACCCAAACUCAGCGGAUCUCCGUGAAUAUUUAAAAAAAACAUAUAUAUAUAAAAAAACAAAACAAAAAAAAAAAAAUACAUCUAGCAACUUAAAUGCAGCUGCUAUUUUAUCCCAAUACUGGUAUUUUUUUCCUGUUUUUAAAGUGUGUGUGUGUGUGUGUGUGUGUGUGUGUGUGUGUGUGUGUGUGUGUGUGUGUGUGUUUCAAGUCGGAUCCUACUAACACAUCCAUCUGCUGUAGUUGAAGUAGUAAUAAGCUAUGCGAUGGGCACAUCUGAUAACACCCAUGUGUCAAAUCUUAAAUGUUGUCAUUACCUCAUGUGUUUCUUUUGUGUUAGUCUAUAUUCUUCUUCUUUUUUUAAUUACCUCAUGAGUUGUCAUCGUCGUAUUUCGCGUCGUGGUCCUGAUCGUCUGCGGCCAAAUGAAACGAACCUUUUUGCUCCAAACCUCAGACGACGUGCUGCACACCUCGGAGGAACCGUUUUGAGACUGUUAGACAACAUAAAUACAUCUUCCUCAGGGGUUGAAGCUUCUCGAUUUUGAAACUCUGAGUGCGCUCCCUUACUUUAAACCUGUGAUUUCCUCAAAAUGAAAAACGGAAAAAAAAAAAAGUAAAAAAAAAACAAAAAAAAAAACCGGAGCACAGCUGUUUUAUUGUAAGGGAGGGAGCUAAAUGGGAGCUGAGCAGUUGUAUUGGACAUUUUGGACUUGGAUUUGGGGCAAGUGUCUUGUCCUCGGGGAACUACCUCUCAGGUAUUCAGUAGGCUUCUUUGGAACAUUUUCUCUAAGUUAAGAGCCGAGCUAUCGAGCUAGCUAUCAUGGACAUAUUCCUGGAUUAUUUUUUUUUUUUUUUUUGUUUUGAAUUCAGAGUUACUCCUUUGCCAGUGCCAGGGGCAUUGCUGGAUGCUGUCUGAAGUUGCAAUGUUACACAUUCUUAAUUUGAACUGUGUGAGUGAUAGUGUGAGUGAAUCUGAAAAUGAAAUGAUGUGAGAUGGAUAGAAAGUUUUUAAAGUGAGAGUCAUGGGCCAUACUUGAUUAAGCAACAUGUCUGUUUUUUAAUUUCCAUGAGUGCAUGUUCAAUAGACUCAGUCGGACACCAGUUCCCAGAUACCUCAGUCACUGUAUGUCAUGCAAGGAGAGCUCAAAUGGUUGCCUUUUGUCUCAAAUGCAAUGCCAUAGUUGUACCAUAACAUGAAUACCAUACAUUGAAUGUCCGUUAUGCUGCUGUGACUAUUCCAGGAUACUCAAGGAUUUGUAGAUGUACAUGCAUUCUUUGUUAAUAUAACGCUAACAUGUGAUUACUAUCCACGAUAUUAUGUGAGGCUAAUAUUCUGUUUUUGUGUUUUUUAUUUUGACUGGGUAAGCCGUCAGGUGCUUACUCCUACAGACUGACCUCAGAUAUUCUGACAAGUACCUCAGGCUUUUUCUACAUGUAUAUCAAAUUGUGUUAUGUAUUUUAUUGUGUUUUUGGUAGUUGAGAUAUUUUAUUGCUGGUUGGGCCUCUUGUCUGUUGAGAUUGAGAUUUGAUUUUUUUUUUUUUGUAGGAGUCUGACCAGUUUUCAUGGUGUUAAUUCUCUACAAAUCUAAAAGAAGAUGGGCAGAUUUAUGUAAAUAUGCGUGUACACACAGAUGGCGAACACUGCUCAGUGUUUUUUGGGGUGGGUUUUUUUUGUUUGUUUUUCCUUCUCUAUUAUUUUUUUUUUUUUUUUAAAUAAUACAAAAUCAGGGCAUUACUGUUUUCAUUUUGCAGAAAUGGAAGAGAUUUCUCAGUUCCACCUCUAUAUAUUUAAAUAAUUUUUAUAACUAGCCCUGCAUAAUAAUUUCUUUUUUUCUUUUGGUAGAGUGGCAGUUACUGAUUUCAGUGAAUUUCAGUGAAUAAUGGUAUUGGUCCCUCUGGAUCAGAAGCUGUGUGGGUUGCACUUUGCAUUAUAGAGCUCAGUGUGUAUAUUAUCAAGAACAAACAGAAAAAAACAUAGAUUCCUUUUGUGAUUUGGCUUCCUGUUUUGAACAGUAUUGCCUCAAUAUUAACCUGCUGAUGUGAUGUUCAGACCUGUUUAGUGCUAGUUUAGCCACAUUGGACAACACACAGGCUCAUCUGUUGUACGUUGAUUAGUGCUGUGGAAAGAUGGUGAUUUUUGAUGGUGAUUUUUAACAGUGAUCUGUAAUGCUUGCCGAUGUGCAGUUCUGGUAAAGGACACUAAUCAGUCGAAAUGGAACAAUUACUUAACAUUUUUUAAAGUGUUUGGAGAUCAUCGUGUUUGUACCUACAUCGAUCGACUGAUGAUGCAGCACCAUUGGGAGUCGUGUGAGCGGUGGCAUGUGCAUGGUCCGAGGGUCCAGCAAUAUUUAUUAUACAGCAAUAGUCAUUUGAAUAUCAUAGUUUAAGACAUUAAACUCAGCUGUGACUUAGCAGGUUUCUUCUGCAGAUCAAUAAACUACAUCUCAUCACACCUGGACCAUGUCCUGACGGCGUGGACGUGCUAAAGUCUCCUGAUAGGUUGGGGGGGGAUGCUGAGGGUUGCAUUUUUAGUGUGAACUGAGCAUGGCCCAGGUGCUUUCACGAAUUGUGCCAGAAAUAAAACGGCAGUCGCGUAGGGGAAAUCUGCUGCGAUCUGUUGUUACCUCCAAAUGCUGUCUUACACCCAGCUCUUCUGAACAGAAAAACCAGUUACCUCAUGCAGUACCUCAUUAGUAACACUAACAUGGAGUCAGCCUCAUCUUCAACAAAAAGAAAAGAAAAAAUGUAUCAAUUAUUGUGUGUGUGUAUAUAUCUAUAUAUACAUAUAUAUAUUUGACAAAUGUAAAGGUUUUCUUCCUUUUUAUGUGUGAAUCCUGUGAAAGAAAAAUCUUGGUUUUUUUUUUAAAUUCACAGUCAACAUUGUUCAUUUCUUGUCGUGUGGAUGGAUGUUUGACUGAAUUGUGUGACUUUCCCUGUUUAUGUGAACUGUGUGUGUGUGAGGUGUAUGUUGGUUGAUGAUUUCACUAAAACAGUACGAAUGGUAAUUUUAUCUGUGAAACAAAAUGCUUAGAAAUAUAAACUAGAUGAGAAUAGUCAUCCUUUUGUAUAUGAAAAUAAAGACAAAUCUUGAUUAAC